AUGCAGGCCUUGCGACGAGAAAUCUUACCACCGAGUGGGGUAGAAUUUGCGGCAUGUCUAAAGUUAAUGCCCUCGACACUGCCGGACAGCAAAUUUCCAGGAUCAAGCACAAGCACUGGUCGAGCUUUGUUCAACGUCGUGAUAGCUCGGUCGAAUCACCUCCGUAUAUUCGAGGUCAGGGAAGAACCAGCACCCAUAUCUUCGCAGAAGGAAGAUGAAAAAGACCGUAGGGCCAGCGUUAGGAAAGGGACGGAGGCGGUGGAGGGCGAGGUCGAAAUGGACGCGUCUGGGGAGGGGUUUGUGAACAUGGGGUCCUUCAAGACAACCGGUCCGAACGGUGUGCUAGAGCCACACACAGUCACUCGCUUCUACCUCGUGCGCGAGCAUCGUCUACAUGGGAUCGUUACGGGGAUUGAAGCCGUACGGAUUGUAGCCUCAAUCGAGGACAGCCUCGAUAGGCUAGUGGUGUCGUUCAAGGACGCGAAGAUUGCCCUCCUGGAAUGGUCGGAAGCUGUCCACGACUUGAUCACCGUGUCCAUACACACGUAUGAAAGGGCCCCACAACUGUCCGCCAUAGAUGCGCCUCUCUUUCGUCCAGAACUCCGGGCAGACCCAUCGUCCCGAUGUGCUGCUCUACUCCUCCCAAAAGAUUCGGUCGCUAUCUUGCCUUUCUACCAGUCACAAGCAGAGUUGGACAUGAUGGAGCAGGAGAUGAGCCAAGCGAGGGAGAUUCCUUACUCGCCGAGCUUCAUACUUGAUCUAUCCGCCGAGGUUGACGAUCGCAUUCGGAAUGUGAUCGACUUUGUCUUCUUACCAGGCUUCAACAAUCCAACGGUCGCUGUUCUCUUUCAACACACGCAGACAUGGACAGGCCGCCUGCAAGAGUACAAGGACACUGUCGGGUUGCUUAUCUUCACUCUCGACCUCGUCACUCAUCAUUACCCUGUGAUCACCGUCGUCGAGUCCCUGCCCUACGAUUGUUUCGCCCUCACCGCGUGUUCGACUUCACUCGGGGGCGUGGUUGUCCUCGCAGGCAACAGCAUUGUCUACGUAGAUCAGGCGUCUCGCCGCGUUAUCCUACCCCUCAAUGGCUGGCCUGCGCGUACUUCAGAUAUGCCCAUGCCGUCACUGACGCCAAAUGAACAGGAACGGGACCUUCAGAUUGAAGGGGCAUGCUUCACCCUUGUGGACGAACGCACGCUCUACAUCUUUGCGAAGGACGGGACAGUGUAUCCCGUUGAGAUUGUGCUGGACGGUAAGACAGUGUCGCGCUUAUCGAUGGCACCACCGGUGGCGCGUACGACAAUUCCGGCUUUGGUCAAGCGGGUUGGGGAGGAUCACCUCUUUGUGGGUAGUAUCGUUGGGCCCAGCGUGCUCCUGAAGACAGCGCGGGUAGAGGAAGAUGUGGGAGAUGAGGACGUGGACAUGGCGCCUGCGCCUGCUACGGUUGUCGCUCCUAUUGAUACCAUGGACCUUGACGAAGACGAAGGCAGUGUACUUCCAGAGCUGUACGGCACUCCUACCGCAGUCGAGCAAGCUCAUGCCAACGGUAAUGCCGCAAACGGGGUGGCCGCUACCACUAAGAAGCGGACCGUCGUCCACUUGUCGUUGUGCGACGCGAUACCAGGGUACGGUCCGAUUGCCGAUAUGACCUUUGCACUGGCCAAGAAUGGGGACCGCUUCGUUCCCGAGUUGGUCGCAGCAACAGGCUCCGGUGCGUUAGGUGGAUUUACGUUACUGCAGAAGGAUCUACCGACGCGGACGAAGCGUAAGAUACAUGCGAUUGGCGGCGCACGAGGGAUGUGGUCCCUCCCGGUGCGACAGCCAGUUAAGGUCAACGGAUCGACGUUCGAACGCCCUGCAAAUCCAUUCCAUACUGAGAAGGACACGCUGAUCAUCAGUACGGAUGCAACGCCGUCACCGGGACUCUCGAGAAUUGCAUCUCGGAAUAGUCAGGGCGAAGUUCAAAUCACAACGCGAAUACCGGGGACGACUAUAGGUGCCGCACCAUUCUUCCAUGGGACCGCCAUUAUCCAUGUGAUGUUCAAUGUUGCCAAUGUGGUACGAGUACUGGAACCUGAUGGUAGUGAACGCCAGGCUAUCAAGGACACUGAUGGCGACGUACCUCGACCUCGGGUCAAGUUCUGUAGUAUAUGCGAUCCCUUCAUCUUGGUCAUCCGUGAGGAUGAUUCCAUUGGUCUGUUCGUUGGCGAGAUCGAACGUGGAAAGAUUAGACGCAAGGACAUGUCCCCCAUGGGCGACAAGACAUCAAAGUAUCUCGCAGGCUGCUUCUUCACCGACACGAGUGGACUUUUCCAGACCUACCAGAGUGCGGAGGCUUCCGGGACCGAGGGUGGGACGUCCACCCUGCAGGCUGCCAUGGACUCGGGCAAGAAAAGCCAAUGGCUGAUCCUUGUCAGACCGCAGGGUGUGGUGGAGAUUUGGACGCUCCCUAAGCUCGUUCUUGCAUUCUCGACGACUUCGGCUGCCUCGCUGGAGCCUGUACUGAAUGAUUCAUUGGAUCCCAUCGCGCUCUCACUUCCGCAGGAUCCUCCAAGGAAGCCGCAUGAGCUGGACAUUGAGCAAAUAAUCAUCGCGCCUCUGGGCGAAUCGUCGCCACGCCCGCACCUCAUGGUGUUCAUGCGGUCGGGUUUGCUUACAGUAUAUGAGGUCCUCCCGGCACCGCCACCUGCGGAUCCUCUGCCAAACGAUAGGACUAUGACACUGUUAGUCAAAUUCGUCAAGGUCGUCACGCGUGCGUUCGAUAUCCAAGUGCCUGAGGAGCAGGAGAAGUCAGUACUUGCGGAGGUGAAGAAAAUCUCUCGCCACCUCAUUCCCUUCGUGUCCUCGCCUACCCCCGGACAGACAUUCUCUGGAGUCUUCUUCACCGGAGAUCGGCCAUGUUGGGUCCUUGGCACAGAUAAGGGCGGUGUGAAAGUGUUUUCCUCUGGGCACUCUGUAGUCCAUGCGUUCACUGCAUCAUCCGUGUGGGAGUCGAAAGGCGACUUUCUGCUAUAUUCUGAGGAGGGGCCUAGCUUGGUCGAGUGGAUACCCGACCUUCAGCUCGACACACACUUGCCCUCAAGAUCCGUACCCCGACCCAGAACAUAUACAAACGUGGUGUAUGACCCGAAUACCUCCCUGAUCGUAACCGCAUCGGCGCGUCAGUCGCGGUUCGCUUCGUAUGACGACGAUGGAAACAUUGUAUGGGAACCAGAUGCCCCGAAUGUAUCGUUCCCUUAUUGCGAUAGCUCAACCCUCGAACUUCUCAUGCCCGAUUCCUGGAUUACUAUGGAUGGGUAUGAGUUCGCCCAGAACGAGUUCGUGACUUGCCUUGACAGCGUGACACUGGAGUCUGUAAGUACAGAGACCGGUACGAAGGACUUUAUUGCCGUAGGCACGACGAUAAACCGGGGCGAAGAUCUAGCCGUCAAAGGAGCAGUGUACAUUUUUGAGAUCGUCGAGGUCGUACCGGACGUGAGCACGGGUUGGAAACGGUGGCACCAGUUAAAAUUGCGAUGUCGAGACGAUGCCAAGGGUCCAGUGACGGCGCUUUGCGGCAUGGAUAACUACCUCGUGUCAUCCAUGGGUCAAAAGAUCUUUGUUCGUGCGUUUGAUCUGGACGAGCGACUUGUGGGCGUCGCCUUCCUGGAUGUCGGCGUUUAUGUGACCUCUUUGCGCGCGGUGAAGAACCUGCUCUUGAUUGGUGAUGCUGUCAAGAGCAUUUGGUUUUUAGCCUUCCAGGAAGACCCGUACAAACUUGUCAUCCUUGGGAAGGAUCCACAUCAUGUCUGUGUGACCAGCGCAGAUCUGUUCUUUGCCGAUAACCGGGUAUCCCUACUGGCCUGCGAUGAGGACGGCGUUAUAAGAUUAUACGAGUAUGACCCCCAUGAUCCUGAAUCCAGAGGUGGACAGCACUUGCUGUGCCGCACGGAGUUCCACGGUCAGACGGAAUACCGUGCCUCCGCGCUUAUUGCUCGCAGAAAAACCAAAGAUACAGAUAUACCGCAGGCGAAGCUGAUCUGUGGCUCUACCGAUGGCUCCUUGUCGUCAUUGACAUACGUGGACGAAAGCGCUUUCAAACGAUUGCAUCUACUCCAGGGGCAGCUUACCAGAAAUGUCCAGCACGUGGCUGGCCUCAAUCCCAAGGCCUUCCGUGUCGUGCGCAAUGACUAUGUAUCCCGACCACUGUCGAAAGGCAUCUUGGACGGCAACUUGUUAUCGACUUUUGAGGACCUCCCAAUACCGCGGCAACAUGAGAUGACUCGGCAGAUUGGAACUGAGCGAGGGACGGUGCUGAAAGACUGGUUGUGUUUAAACGGUACAUGGUGA